AACUUUUCUCAUAAAACAAAUUUGUAGAUGGCUUCAAGAUGUGAAGUUUUCUUGGAGAUCUUGCUUGCAAUCUUAGUUCCACCUCUUGGAGUUUUCUUUAGACAUGGUUGCUGCAGUUGUGAGUUCUUGAUCUGCUUGAUAUUAACCCUACUAGGGUAUGUUCCUGGGAUUAUUUAUGCAAUCUAUGCUAUUGUGGUUCGUGGUCAUGACCAAGAUGAAGAAUGGCGUCCUCUCACUGCCUAGUUAUUUUAAUUUUCUCUUUUCAUUUAUAUUUUCUCUCCUAUAUUUUUCUGAUUUUGAAUAAUAGGAAAACAAUAAUUCUAGAUUACUUGAUCUAGAGAAAUCACUAGUUAGACGAUAAACUUGGCUCUUUAAUUUCAAAUUAAUACAAUCUUUGGCAUGUCUCUAUUAUUCUAACUUAA